AUGGAGGUGGAAAUCAAUCCCGAGGCUAUGCCGACUCCUCUGAUCAACACCUCCGAGUCCCGGAGCAGUACCGGAAGCUUCGUGCCGCCCCGAGAAGUCUUCGCUGCCAGCAAGCCGGCGUCGCCUUCCUCUGUAGCCAGAUGGCAAGAGGAGGAGGUGGCUCAACUAGCAGAAGAGCACCGACUCAAGGAGGAGAAGGAACGCCAGGAACAAGAAGAAAAGGAACGACACGCAACGCACUCUCACGCCGCGCUACGGAUCCAAUCUCGCAAGAUGAAGCGUGAUCUCCUCCAGACCCAGGUCGACGGACAUGACGUCUUCAAGACGCCACAGCAGAACGAAAAUUCCGUCGACCUCCGCCACAAGCUCGAACAUCAACGCCACACCCACCGGGAGGACCGUCAACACGACCGGGACAACCGAAGUCAUAGCCAGGCGUCUAAGCAUCGGUCACUCGACGGCUCAGAUAAUGACAUGAUAGACGGUGUCCCGGCCUUCACCAAGAACUUAAGUCAGUUGACUUGGCCGACUAGUUUCAAGCCCACUAGCAUCAAGAAAUACGACGACUUCACUGACCCGAAAGUGUGGCUCACGGUAUACACCAUGGCCAUCCGGGCAGCAGGCGGCGACACGAAAGCCAUGGCCAAGUACCUACCGAGGAGAGGCGAAUCCCUGCGGGCCUACAUCAAACGGUUCUCAGAGGUCCGCAACUCCAUCCCUGAUAUAAAAGAUGACGUGGUCAUCGCCGCAUUUCGAAAAGGGGUGCGUGAUGAACCAUUCAUCGUGAAAUUCACUAGGAAGGAGCCAACCAUCGUCAAAGAUCUUUUCAACAUGGCUAACUCCUACACAGCGGCCGCCGAUGCGGUGUCCGCAUCACGGGGAGAUAAACACGAAGAGAAAGGACAGCAGUCGUGCAAAGGAAAGGAAAAGGAGCACAAGAAGGACUCGGACUUGCAAAAACAUAAGCCCGAGGAGUUGGUCGCCGUCGCUGACCGACAGCCCAUCCAGCGCCCCAAGAUGUCUGAUUAUGACAAAGUCAUGAACAGCAUGUGCCCUUACCAUCUCAAGUCCUCCCACCUGGCCAAAGAUUGCUUUGUGAUGCGUCACUACGCAGAACAGUUAGCCAAAACCCAGUCGGGGGCCGCCGGGCCGAGCAAGAUGAAGCCCGCCGACAAGAAAGAUGACGUCGACUUCCAAGAUCCGCAGGCCGAGCUAAACCACAUCUUUGGUGGCCCGCUCGCGUACGAGUCCUAG